AUGGUUCGUAAUUAUUUUUGGAAAUCAAACCGACAAUCAUGGUUGCAAGAUGCCAUGAAAUAUGCAAUAUUGGCUGUGGUAGAAGGAAGUAUGACUUAUGAUACUCCGUCUAGUCAUUACGAAGUUCCUCGUUUGUCGUUACAAGAUCGAAAAAAAAAUGUUAUAGAAGGAACAUUAAAUGCACAACAGUGUGGAUUAAGAGAUAAAACUCCAUAA